GAUCGCGCUUUGCGCGGGAGUGCGCGCGGCGCGUUGCAUUGUGGGUACGCGGUGACGUGUUCCCCUCCGGCCGGACCCAGGAUGGCUGACGAUAGACAGCACAAGCUGGCGGCGGCCCGGAGGAAGUUAAAGGAGUAUCAACAGAAGACGACUCCUCCGGCUCCUGCGAGCGGCAAGAAGAAGAAGAAGGGAAGAGAGUCCAACAGCCAUCCUGACACCCCCAAUCGUCUGUCUCCAGACCCCAUUGAGGCCAUUUUGAAGGGGCUGGUAUCAGAUCUUCAUAGAUCCAAUGGGGUGUCCAUCCCUGGUUUGGGAGACGAGAAGGUGCUCUUGGAGAGAGAUGACGCUGAUGCCGAAAUCCUUACAGAUGAUGUCCUGGACAAUUCUAAAACCCCGACCGAAACCCAGUUUAAUAACCCACUGUCUGAGCAAAAUGACUACGAUAGCGGGAAGGUGACAGCGGACAGCAAGAGGUUUGUCUCCUCGACGGACAGUCUCCGGCAGCUUUCUGAACAGCUGAAUGGCCUGGUGUCGCAGGGGAACUCUUAUGUAAAUGGAGAAAACAUCAUCUCGUCCACCAGCCCAGAAGUGGAGUCUCGUUACCAGGAUUUGGCUGCUGCCUUGGACUCCAGUAACUUAACAAACAAACAGCUCAGUGCAAAGAUAGAUGAACUGAAACGGCAGAACCAGGAUGCUCUGGAUCAGCUGGACAAGGAGAGGAAAGGCUUUGAACAGAAAUUUUCCAAGGAGCAGGGCUCUCUUCGGGAACAGCUGCAGGUUCACAUCCAGACAAUUGGGAUUUUGGUAUCGGAAAAAUCUGAACUCCAGACGGCCCUGUCCUUCACCCAGCAGGCUGCACGUCAAAAAGGAGGUGAAGUGGAGGAUCUCGUCAUGCGUUUACAGUCAACCCGGCAGAGAGUGACAGAGCUGGAGCGCACGCUUUCUUCUAUUUCUACUCAGCAGAAACAACUAGAAAAGCUUAAUAAAGAAUUGGAGAAGGAGAGGGACAACCUUCGUCUUGACACCUUAAAGAACAGUAAGAGCAGCGAUGAAUUGAAGCAGCAGAACUCGGAAAUGUCAGAGAAACUGAAUGCACUUCUGUCUGAGAACGCCGCCAUGAGAUUGGAGCUCGGGGACCUGCAUAAGAAGCUCGAAAUGGCUGAACUGAUGAUACAGCAGUUUUCAAACCAGACGGGAGCUCCUGAUGCGAACCAGCAGCUGCGUAUGGUCAUUGAAGAGCGAGACCAACUGGGCGGUCAGCUAACACAGAUGUCUGAUUCUAUCCAGCAACUGAGAGCAGAACGGGACCAGUAUUUUGAAAAAUUGAAGGAAGAAGGGGCAGUUUGGCAAGAAAGAGUCCGUCGGCUGUCUGAGCAGAUUCAGACACUCAACCAGGAAAAAGAGAGCACUCGGGUACAGGUUGAGCAGUUGGAGACCAGAGUAACAGAGCUGCUUUUAGCAUCAGCAGCAGAGCUGACGGACUCAGAACCAUCUGCACCCCAAGGCCCCUCUGAAGCAGAGGUGGCCCUUCAGCAGGAGGUUGAAAAACUUCAUCAAGAAUUCCUGGAGCUCCAGUCCAGGUAUCAGGCCCAGGUGCAGGACAACAGCCAGCUGAGCCGCCUGAACCAGGAGCAGGAGGAGCAGAUCCUGGAACUACAGAAGACCUUGGAGAGGCACAGUGAGGAUAACGUAGACAAGCAGCAGAUCCUGGAAAACAUGCAGAGCGACAAAGCCACCAUCAGCCGGGCACUGACCCAGAACAGGCAGCUGAAGGAGCACCUGGCUGAACUGCAGAACGGUUUCGUCAAGCUGACGAACGAAAAUUUGGAGCUCACAGACGGACUGCAGAGCGAGCAGCACGUGAAGAAAGAGCUGGCCAAGAAGCUGGGUCAGCUACAGGAGAGCAUAGGAGAUUUUAAGGAGCAGCUCGCAACAAAGGAACAGGAAGUGCAGCUACUGCAAACUCAGAGGGAUGAGCUUUCCGCUCAUCUCCAGCAGUACGUCGCAGCAUACCAGCAAGUAUCCAUCGAGAAGGAGGAAUACCAGAGGCAGUACCUGCUGCAGGCCCAGCUCAUGGACCGCCUGCAGCAUGAUGAGGUGCAGGGCAAAGUCAGCGCGGAAAUGCACCUGAAGGAGCUGCAGCAAAGCAGGGAAAACCUGGAGCUUCUUACCAAAGAAAACCAAGAGCUGAAGGCGCAGAUGAUGCAGAUUCGCAGCGAGCCCGAAAGCAGAGCUCUGAGUCGCAUGGAAGGGGACGGCGUGGAGAGCAAAAUCUACGAAGAUGAAAUCCCGAAAUCAUCACUGGUUAUUCCUGAAGAUUUUGAAAGUAGAGAAGAGAUGAUGGCAUUCCUCUCAUCUGCCCUCUCUAAGUUACACGGAGAGCGGGACGAAGUGGAGAGGCAGCUGACAGAGCAGAAGAGGAGCUGUCAGCAGCUCCUGCAGCAGAUCUCUGAGCUCAGGCAGCAGCAGAUGUCCAGCACUCCCCAUCACUCCGCAGGGCUCAGUAUGGAGAGUGUUCCCAGAGAGGUCUAUGAUGCUUUACAGAGCGCCAUGGAGAAGCUGCAGUUCCGCUUCACUGACCUGAUGCAGGAGAGAGUGGAACUGAAAGACAGGGUGGAAGAGCUGGAGCAUCGGUGUAUUCAGCUGUCGGGGGAAACUGACACUAUAGGGGAAUACAUUGCACUUUAUCAGAGUCAGCGAGCAAUCUUGAAACAGCGACAUAGAGAAAAGGAGGAAUACAUCAGUCGCCUGGCCCAGGACAAAGAAGAGAUGAAGGCCAAGUUGUUGGAACUGCAAGUCUUGGUCAUGAGACUGGUGGCUGAAAGGAAUGAAUGGUUCAAGAAGUACGUGGAGGCUACGAGAGGUUCCAAGGAGGUGGCGCAAAGUGCAGAUAGGCCAAUGGAGGUGGAUACGACUACUGGGGAAGCACUUGAGGAAGUCAGCUUAUUAGAGGAUGUAGAAGUGGAGAAAGCUCAGAGCAUCUCUCAGUUGUCUUCUGCUCAGGAAGGGUCAGGCGCUGCCCCAAGUUCCGAAGACCCCACGGCCAAGCAGAUCAUGCAGCUUCUACGUGAAAUUCAGAACCCCCAAGAACGUCCCGGUUCAUUACUCCAGAAUCCCUGCAUCCCGUUCUUCUACCGCGUGGAUGAAAAUGAUGAGGUCAGGAUCAUGGUCGUCUGAGAUGGACAUGUCCCUCUUAUCCAAGCUGCCACUUCCAUGCCAUCUCUUUUCUGGACUGUGGCUGAUGGUCUCCACCUGCACAGGAGAUGCGGUCACUUGGGGAUGGGAUGGUUAAGCCUUCAGCUGCUUGGGAUUGUAAUGGGCUGGGACAGCGUCCUCCCUCGUCUGAGCUGUGGCAUUGAGGGAAAGGUUUGUACCUGCAAUGAUGAUGAUGGAGGAGGAGAGGGGGGGUCCUCUCUAUCGACCCAGAGGGCUUACGUACCAUUUAGGUGGGCUAGUAGAUUACCACACACUGCUUUUGUUUGGGGUUAGGUAACUUAAUCUUUGCCAACUAUGUACCGCUGCCUCCCUAUUUUAAAAGCGCCCUAACACUAAUGUUUUAUGUGAGGUGGACAUGACACGGUCAAGAAUGAAGGAAGGAUCCUGACAUAGUGGUAUUACAGGCGCACCUUGUAGAAGGCUGGUUCCUAAAAGGCAUUGCAAGGGGCAGGUGGUCCAGUCAGUUAGUGGAAGACAGAGACCAGUGUAGAAGAGUUCUGCAGUGUUGACAUGCUGAUUUACCAGUCAAGUGUUCUCCCUGCAGUGGCAGCCCUGUGGUAGACCAGGUGUACCUGAAGAAGAUUUUAGAGUUUUAACAGAGACCCCCUUUAUUUAAUCGCCUUACAGCAUAUGAAAUAAAGAAUGCAUCGUAGGUUUUCCUUGUAGGAUUUCAUUUUUAACACUUAUUUUUGAAGGUUGAUUGGUAUAAGCUCACAAUUGUUACAUUUAGAUUCUUCAGGAGAUCCUCCACCUUCAUUUAUUUUUUUUAUUUUUUUAAAAUCUGAUUAAUAUGGCAAGGUCUCUUUGCCUGUUCUGUGCCAAUUUCGCUUGACUUGUUAAAUCUGGCACAGACUGUUUGCCAAGAAUUCACCUCUUUAGUAGUGGACUAGAAGCAGCUUAGCAAGCAGUCGCGCCAUGUCCUUUCCUGUCUCAAACUGCACUAUUAACCAGAUUUUUCGGUUACCGGUCUGCCUCUCCUGACAUAGCUGGAUUGGCGACUGUGCUGAGAGCCAAAGGGAAGCAGUAACGUGACGGCAUUCAAGCCCUUGUGCUUACUCAUUUCGGCCUGCACUAUUAACCAGAUUUUUCUGUUCCUAGCACCCAGUCCGUCAGCUUUGACAGUGCUGUAUUGGCGCUGUGCUGACUGCAGAGGAGGAGUCAUGUUGUGUCCUUUCCUGCAUUAUUAAUCAGAUUUUUGUAUUCAUAGUAAUCAGACUGUCUUCUUUGUCAAAGCUGGGUUGACAGUGGGCUAAUGGCCAGGGGGGAGACGCAGGUUAGCUGCUCUCUCGUUAUACUCGGCCUUAUCAACCAGAUUAUAAUUAUUUUUUUCUAGAAUGAUUUCAGUUGGAGAACCUCUUAAAAGUGCACCCUCCCUACCCCCAUGCAUGCAGCUGUGCUGUGACUGGACCAUGCAUACAGUGUAUUGGUUGACUACAAUCUAGCAUCACCCUGAGGCUUGCGGUACUCAUUAAUGAUAGUUAGUGGUGAACUAAUGAGCUUGUUAUUGGUCCCGCUACAUUUUGGCUUCCUCUGGUAUAAUGGUUUUGUGUUUUACUUUUUUACAUCUUAUGUCCUUGCAUAAAACAGUUCCUUUUGAGCACUUUUCGGGGCCGUGCUACUCAGUGAUGAGUCCCAUUACUCUCUAAGGCCGAAUGUACACGGCCGGGAGCGGUCCGUGGUAUGCCGGCCUGGAUUCCUGCUAACAGCAGGAGCGCACGGCGUCAUUGGUUGCUAUGACGCCGUGCGCUUCAUGCCGUCGCUGCACCACAGUAAUACAGUCGUAUAGAUCAUACAAGUGUAUAACUGUAGUGCGGCGGCAUGAAACGCACGGUGUCAUAGCAACCAAUGACGCCGUGCGCUCCUGCUGUCAGCAGGAAUCCAGGCCGGCAUGCCACGGACCGCUCACGGCCACGGAACACGGCUGUGUGCAUUCAACCUAAGACUGUGAACACGAUGAGAGUCUCUCCAUUAGGUUUACAGUAUUUCUUCGCUAGAGGUGGCCGUAUCCUGAUAACCGGUGGUUAAUAGCCCAGGAGAAGGAGCCUCGUGGUGAGUCGUCUUGCCCUGGUGGGUGUUUUCCACAAGUCACCUGGGCUAAGGGUGGGUGGUCAUUCGGGCCUGGUAGUAAUUCCUACAUCUCUUCCUGACUUGAAUAUGGAAGCGGUUCCUGUACAUAAUGUAUGAGUGUAACAUUUUGUAUAUUCCUGGAUCAGACGCUGGACCUCCGCAGCAUUUUCGCUGCAGGUAUCUUGUACUAUAAUAUGAUGGCGCUUCUAUGGAAGCCGGUCUGUCCUCUUGAUUGGAGAUUUAUUAAUAUGAUGGGGAGGGAGGGCGAAGAUUAUUAUAAUUUAUUGGGUGAGACAUCACAGGUCGGGGGCCUACACUUUCCAUUCUGUUGCUGAAAUGAUUUCAUCUUGGAAAUAAAUUGGUUUCUUUCUGAAUAAAUGUAUUCAGCAGAUGAAA